UCCUGUCUGACUGUUGUCUCGGUUGGAGGUACAACCAUGGCAUGUGGGGGCUGCUGCAGGGAGGUGUACAGCUGUAUAUUUGAAUAUAACACCCCGCGUAUAGUGCUUAUCAAGAGCAGAAAGGUUGGACUUAUGAACAGAGUGAUCCAGCUGGGAAUCCUGGCAUAUGUCAUUGGGUGGGUGUUUGUCUGGGAGAAAGGCUACCAGGAGUUUGACACCGUGGUUAGCUCAGUGGCGUCCAAGGUGAAAGGAGUUGCAGUGACCAACACUUCAGAAUUUGGAAGCAGAAUCUGGGAUGUGGCAGAUUACAUUAUACCGGCUCAGGAAGAGAAUGCCUUCUUUGUAAUGACCAAUCUAAUUGUCACACUUAACCAAACACAAGAUCACUGCCCUGAACUUCCAGAUGAAUCAACCAUAUGCACCUCUGACCAUAAUUGUACUGCUGGGCUAGUGGGCACACACAGCAAUGGAGAACAGACUGGAAAGUGUGUAAAAUAUAAUGAAACUGUCAAAACCUGUGAAGUUUUUGCAUGGUGCCCAGUGGAAAAUGACACAGAAACGCCAAAACCUGCUUUCCUCAAGGAUGCGGAAAACUUCACAGUUCUUAUAAAGAAUAACAUCUGGUAUCCAAAAUUCAAAUUCUCCAAAAGAAAUAUUCUGCCAAACAUCAGUAAUAGCUACCUCAAGACUUGUCUGUAUGAUCGAAUACAUAAUCCAUUCUGCCCAAUAUUUCGGCUGGGAAAUAUAGUUAGUGAGGCAGGAGAAUCCUUCCAAGACAUGGCGGUGCAGGGGGGGGUUAUGGGUAUUCAGAUUAACUGGAACUGUGAUUUGGACAGGAAAAAAUCAGACUGUGUCCCAAAGUAUUCAUUUCGGCGUUUGGACAACAGAGAAGUUGAGCACAAUGUGGCCCCUGGAUACAACUUCAGAUUUGCAAAAUAUUAUAAAGAUAAAAGCGACAUAGAAUCAAGAACAUUGAUGAAGGUCUAUGGAAUUCGCUUUGACAUCCUUGUGUUUGGAACUGCAGGGAAAUUUGACAUAAUUCCAACUAUGAUUAACAUCGGAUCUGGUGCUGCAUUGCUUGGGGUGGCCACAGUACUGUGUGAUAUCAUUGUCUUCCAAUUCAUGAAGAAAAGGCAUUACUACAGGGAAAAGAAAUACAAAUAUGUUGAAGACUAUGAAUUGGGUGCUAAUGAAUAUGGAUCAAACCCUUGACUAAGGAGAAUGGAUACAUCAUAUUUGAUUAGUAACAUAGGACACUUAAAGCCCAGGUUGGGAUACUGAGCCAGUUUCACAAGCUGCAUUGAUCAGCUGUAGUUGUUUACAAUCUGCCAAAAGAAAACCUUAUUCCACAUCAUUCCUUAUCUACAGCUGCAUCACGCUAUGGACCAUGUCACUACGUAAGGUGAAAUACCAAUAAUGUCACUUUGGAAUUGGCAGUACUGUUUUUGUUACAGAUGCCGUUUUGUUAUAUUUCUGGCCCAUUGACAAUGGCAACCUGUUUCCAGCAAUUUUAUGAACUAAAUGCAUUUACUGUAUAUUUAUUUUCUUUUUAUUGAUAAUGGGUUUGAGGAAGUAGAUGCACAUUACAUGAAAGCGAGAGUCACUAUAAGCAUGAUUUGGAAUUUCUAGACACGCAGCUAAUUGAGCACUGACCCAUGUGCCACCUCACACACAUCCCUUCCUUUAAAACUCUUCACAUUGCUGCUAUGUACAAUAUAUCUUCAACACUAAACUGAAAACGUUUUCCUUAAAGGGAUACUAAACUUAUUUUUUUUUCUUCAUGGUACAGAUAGAGCAUACAUAUUUUUAAGCAAAUUCCUAUUAUAAAAACAUUUUCUUCGUUCUCUUGGUAUCUUUAUUUGAAUGUCAGGAAUGUAAGUUUAGCAGCCAGACCAUUUUUGG